GAUUGUACACUCGAGUAUUUUGUUUUGUUUUCUGAUCUCCAGGACCGCUGUGAUCGGUCAGGUUUUUUCCUCUUCUUCGCUUUGUCUGUGGAUCGCUGAACGUCCACCAUGUCGGAUCGCAUCCGACUGAACAUUGCAUACUUAGCAAAGAACCUGAGCACGUCGAUCCUGCUGGAGGAGCUUCUGGAAGACGAAGUUCUGACACUCAAAGAAUACGAAAACGCUGUUGACGAAGAAGGCAAAGGUGAACGGGAUGCCAGUAAACAACUUGUGCGAUGCAUGCUGAAGAAAAGUGAGAGUGAUGUGGACGCGUUCCUCGCCACUGUUGGCAAGCACCAACCGUUCAUCGUCGAGCACGUUGAAGACACGAUCCGCCGCAAAACGACUGGGCCUGGGAGGGCACCUAGCUUGGACACAGGCUCUCUACCACACAAGAAGACAGAUGAGACGCAAGCGUCGACAACAGCCGCCUUCUCCAAGCAUGACAAGCCAGUUCACAGCUCAGACACACAACCACCCUCGAAACAGGCUGAGUUUUCUUUGCCCAAGCUCGACGAACAUUUCACCGGCAGAAACGAGAUAGUCCAGGAGGUGUGUGACAAUAUCCUUGCACCGGCUGGCACACCAGAAUCUGUACAGGUCCACAACCUUGUUGGACCACCUGGGUUUGGCAAGACAUCAGUGGCCAUUGCUGUUGCCAGCGGGUGUCAGGACAAGGGCAUGCAGGUGAUGUUUGUAGACUUACGCGGUGUCACAUCUCCAUCAGUGGUGCAGGCGUUGGUUGACAGGGCCCUGGGUGGCACUUGCAAGAUUGGCAAGGGAAGUUCUGGUGCAGUGCCAGGUGCCUCACAGUCGAAACAGGAGGAUGUGAGAACGCUGGUGGUUCUGGACAAUGCGGAGGACUGCAUCAAGGGUGCCACGGAGCAGGAGUUUCAACUGCAGGAUGUCGUGAAUCAGAUUAUCACCUGCAGCAGGACUGUCAGUGUUCUACUGACAAGCAGGGUCCACCUGGAGCUUCAUGCAGCCACGUUCAAGCUUGAACAGUAUAGUAUCGGCUGCCUGGAGGUGAAAUCAGCUCAAGAUCUGCUUAUGAGUCUGACAUUACCGAGGAGCCGAACGGCGCAGGAAGCGGCUGAAUUGGUUCGCCACUGCGGUUACGUCCCUUUAGCAAUUCGAAUCACAGCCAGUGCAAUGCACGGUGGUCGCCGAAAUGCAAAGAUGAUGCUGAAGCUUUUGAUCAAGAUUGGUCGGGAUGUGUUCGAUGAUGAGAAAUUGAAGCCUAGCGAACGCAUCAUACGCCUUCUGAAAGUAGCACACGAUGACCUGAGCAAAGAGGAUCGAGAGUCUUUUCAUGCUCUCUCACAUUUCCGAGCCACAUUCUCACCAGAUGCAGCCGGCGCCAUGAUAAAGUUUUGCAGAAGUGACAAGACAGCCGUUCAUCACUACUGGUUUGAUCCGCUGAUCAGAAUUUGCUUUCUUGAGUAUUGUCCCGAAACAGAGCGCUACUCGAUGCAGCCGUUCAUUGCAGAGUUCGGCAGGAAGAUGAGCACUGCGGAUGAGAAUCAAAUUCAUAUCCAAAGAUUUUGCUACGUAAAUAUGGAUUGUUUGCAGCAUGCCGUGUGUGCGGAGGCAGCCAAAGACGAGGAGACUGACCCAGGACGAUUUCUAUUUGAUUAUCUAUUUGAUACCCCCAACAUUGACUAUGCUUUGGAAAAUGUUGCCACCGGUGGUAUUGCAGCAGAAGAGGUAGUGAAGCAGUAUGCUAACCUUCUCUCGUCCCCACUCGCCAUUUUUUUUCUCCGGCGAAAAGGUGUCUCCUCUGUGUUGGCUAUGUGUCUGACGGCUACAUCAUUUGAAACACUCCCACCGCCAACUCAGCUCGGUGUACUGUUCAAUUACAUUGCUUUCCUGCCUGUAGUUGGGAGUGAAGCACAUCAACUGAAUAUCAACAGUGCCAUGGCAGCUGCACAGCAUCUGGUUGAUACGUGCGAGAAGGAUCUAUCAUCUAUAAGCAUGCUGGAAUAUCACCUCUGUAAUGUGGCAGUGUCUCUCCAUCGCAUCCUGGUGGAAAACACAGGUGAAGCAGCUCACGGUUUUGAAAGGGCAGCUCAUGGUGCAUAUGUCUAUGCUUCUAAGAUGAUGGAUUCUUCUUCUUCUCCAGCUAUUGAGACAACUGCUGCUCGGCUCACGAUGCAAUUGGUCAACAGUGUUGCUCUUGACAAGGCUCCGAAUAUGCAGGAACUGGAAUGCAUUGCAAAGCAGAUUGGUCUAAUAUCUUCCUCAGCGCAAAGGUAUGAGUGCACAGAGUACAGUGGACUGAUAGAGAUAUUCUUCGUCGCUACGAGGGCCAUUCUCAUCAGGGCUACGUCCGAGGAAGAUUCUUCCCUGUCAGUGUCGCCAGCACUACUGAGUGCAAUUGGAAUGCACUUCCGUACAAUGCACCAUUUUUCUGCAAGUUUGUAUGACUCGUUCGUUGAGCGGAGUGAUGUCACCGAUCUGCAUAUGUACCACCUCUAUUGUAUCCAGUAUCAUGCACAUUUCAGCCAGCUUGGGAAAACUUGUGAACUGUUUUCAAACCUGUUCAUCCGAGACGUCUAUCUCCAAUGGAAAGCAGGACUCACAACUAUGGCUGUCUACCUCACCUCGUCUCUAUCGCCAUACAAGAGCAUAGACAACUACAUGUCAUGGCUUCUUCAACGCGACCAGAGCGGCUUGGAACUGAGCAGGAUGGGCAAGCCAUCAGUGGACAUUGGCGAUGACGAUCUGGGACACUGGAUGUCCUGUCUGCUGUUGGUGGACGUGUGCUCCCAGGACCUAGCAGAGUUCAUUGACGGUUAUUCAAUUAAAGGUGCUUCAAACACGCCAGAACCUCUUGUGGACUCUGGGUUCAAGGUGCUGCAGCGGGAAUGGCAGGAAAGAUUUCCAGCGCGAUUUCAACGUGGACUCUCAGUAUCAACAGCCGUGUGCGCUCUCCAAUCAAGUGGCGACCUCUUUGUUGUGGCACUCAUUGCGUUGCAUCAUCAAUCCAAGAGAGGCCAAGUGAGCAUUGAUCACCACAUUGCACUACUGGAGUGGUGUCAAUGUGUAGCAGCAUGUUUUGUCUGCUAUGACCUGGACAACAUCACAGCAUGUCCUCGUUGUGGCAUGUCCUACCUGUGUGCCAAGCAUUGCCAGGCUGAGAAGUACUGGCGCGAGCACAGCCAGUACUGUGAUAUGCUGAGCGAUCUGUGGACGAAGCUAAGUGAAUGGCAAGAAGCUGAGCAGCAAUGAAGAAUCGCGUGUAAUCUCCCGAUCGGAUACACCAUGCAGGAACACGUAACAGCCCGGCAGCUACCCCGCACCCGAGAUACUGGAACCUGUGCGUGUGUUGCUAGCCGCAGUAUGUCCGGGGAUUGUGUGUGUGUGUGUGUGUGUGUGUGUGUGUGUGUGGUGUGUGGUGUGUGUGUGUGGGUGUGCUGGCUGGAAACGAGUUGCGAGUAGCACUCCACCGCCACGGCCCGCUCUUGAUCCCUUCUCUGUGUCUUUGGACGCCCAUUUCGUCGACCAGGAGACCUGAAACGACAUGCCAAGUUCUGCGCUCGUGUUCUCACUUGAACUUCCCGACAUUCGCUAUCAUUGCGUACGCAAUGGGCAAGAUCAAGGUGUGUGUGUGUGUGUGUGUAGGAGGGCAUAGUGCCCUUGAAGAAUAGAAACCAUUUUAUGUUAAGCCGAAAAUACACCCAAUGAACGAGAGAACUGCUAGGCUAAGCAUUCUUGCUGUGGCCUUUACCUGUGCCCCCAUAUUGUUAUUGAAGGGAAAAAUUGGAGGCGCAUCCAAUUUGGAAAGUAGUGUCAGCACCGACACAAUCCACACAGUCAAGUAAAGCCAAUUUAGUAACCGGGGGGGAGCCAUCCGUGUUGCAACCAGCACUGCGCUACCUGUGAUCGCUGUUUUAAAUCUGCUCCUGGCUUUCGGCAACACAAUUGCAAUCGUGAACGGCGUCGUGGCGGAGCGGCUUCCUAGUGGCAGUGCUGACUUCUCUCGAACUCUCUCCCUUCUACUCUCCCCUGUCUCGGGGGCGGCGUGGCCAAGCAUUUGGCAGCUGUACACCAGGCCAAGCCAGGCCAGGUGUGUGUGUGUGUGUGUGUGUGUGUGUGUGUGUGUGCGCGUGUGUAUGUGAGUGUAAGUGUGUGUCUCGUCAUGCCAGGAGAUGGCAACUGCUCACAGGACCUGAAGUGUCACUAGCAUUGCUACACAGGGUUCUGAGCGUUACUCCUUUACAGUGCAUGUCUUCAGUAUGGCCGAUGACUGGAUUGCACUGACAAGAAAAAGAAUGACUGCUGUUGCGCUUGAUCACAACCAGCUGACCAACGUAAACAGCCGGCCAAAAUCGGUUAUCAGAUCUAAACGUUGCAGUGCAAGCUUGUGAGAACAACAAUCAUUUGAUUUUCUUCUUGGAAAGUCCCCCCCCCCCCCAAAAAAAAGCUUGAUGGAGAUGAAAAGCAUUAUUUUGAGAUGAGUAACGCUGUAGGCCGAACAUUUGUUGAUUUACAGUACAUGCAUACGUUUGAUUGCAGCUACAUGUAUGACUCUGAUUUGGAAUGAUGCCUUGCUGACUGGUCUAGUAGCUUUCCUGCUUGGCUUUUGAUUACUAGUACACUUGCAGAUCAAGUUUUUCUUUCAAAUUCUGCUUUUAUUAUAAAUCUUUUUAAAUGCUCACAUUUCUACAGCAUACAUGCACUUGUUCUCUCGCUCUUGCCUUAGCCACUAUGUCCUGGGCUCAAACGAGUCAAAACUGGCCAUGCUCCUUGUAGGACGAGUCAGACGGUCACGACGAUUCCCAAUACUACAUGUAUACCACA